UUGGAACUUCUAAACCCAAUGGAAAGGUCCGUUUCAUCCCUGUACGGCUUGAUGGGGUCCUCCCAUCCUUGUUCGCUAGUCACUCGGGGCUCUAGCUCCGAGUGACUCUAGCUUUUGAAGGAUAAGUAUGGAAAGAUAAAGACUUUGUUUGCAUUGAAAUGUGAGAGUUUAGGACAAUCUGUCUUAGACCGCCCUACAACGGGACUGUCCUACCUUCAGCAAGGGGAACAAAUUUUAGCAUUUCUUGUGGCAUUCUUCUUAUUCACGUCAGCUUUACACAGAACAUAUGAAGAUUGAAUGAAUGGACACCAAUGAUCUCGUGGAGAUUAAAUGUACAUAGCACUUUUUGGAAAAGAUUUUAACCCCUUACAGAUUGUUAGAAAGUCUAUGUUCUUAAACUUUAACAAUAUCAUAUGUACUUGGGGAGCAAGUUUGAAUCAUGUUCAGAUUUUUGGAACUUUAUAAGGGCCAAUUCAGGAAGGCAGGCUGCAUCACUUUCUACAAGGUACGUGACGAAAGCAUAUGGCAAUUACGGAUAGAUCUGGUGCCGUGAUCUCUUCGAGAACAAUCUUCAAUGUUGUCAUUUAAUUAUCUACAUCUGGGUUUUCUCUCACACAUCUACUCACUAGCACGCCAUGGACCUGAAUCCCCCCUCCUCGUUCAUUUUACCGCACGAUUUUAUCACGGACAACACAAGAUAACAUGUAAGAUCUACACGCGAACCCGGCAUCAGUACGAAACCAUAUCCACAUCCCAAAGAUACCGGGAAGAGGAAAUUCGAAUCGGGGACGGGAGGGAAGCACACGACGAAACCAGAGUCCAGAGGGUACACAAUACUGGACAUGUACCGGGUUCGGGUUCCAUGCGGUCAUCUCGUCUCGAGGAUGCAGGCGGCGCAGACUUGCGUUGCAUGGGAGGAUGGAACGAGGCGAGACUCGAGAGCCUGCCAAACAGUUGACUCCGGAAGGGUCCACGACACUAGAUAAGGUUAGCGACGUCACGAAGUUUGUCGCGUUGGAUUUCCAGCCACCGCCGUCGAUGUGGUGGGCAUUCCACCGUCCGAUUCACGUCGCUCUGCCAUUCGAGGAUCGUCGCCUCGUGACGGUCGUUGACUCUCACCCGAGCCACAGGCCCAGGCCCCCGGGCCCCCGACCUGACCCGACCCGACCCUGCCCGGAAGCAGGGCACGCUCCAGGGACGGAGCUGGAGCAGAGCGGACGGGACGUCCGUGCCGAGGCACGGAGACUGCAUGCAUGCACGAGAAGUGGGAGGACGCAUGCAAUCAUGGCCGUCCGGAACGCGGUAGGAAAGGGGAGCCAGCUAAUAAAGUGUGACACUUUGUUUGUGCCAGCCAGAUUUGGCGAAACGUCGCAGUUUGUUUAAUUUAUAUUGCGAGGAAUCUCAUCUAAUCUCCACUCGCUCCCCAUCCUUUUGCCCUGCGAUUGAUUCCUGGCAUCGUAUUUUACUUGUCGUCAGGAGUACCGAGGCCCUCUCAGCUCUCGCGGGUCCCAUCCCAGUCAUUCCACGCUAUUUCACGAGCUGUGACUAUAGUCACAGCUAUAUCAUAUUUAUGGUUUGAGAGUGCUAUGUCAUACAGUACAGCUGUAUGUAUAAUUUCAGUACAAUACCCGUGGUAUUAUACACUGUAUUAUAUAGCACUCCCAAACCAUACCUUAUAUAAUUGUUUAACAAAAAGUCCGUAGUGGAUUCGCACAAGUGUUGCUAGCUUCGUACAAUCGUGAGAUUUCAUAUUUAUAAUAGACUCUACUUGAAAUAGGUUACCAAAAAGAUGCUAUUGGGAGAAAUUCGGAACAUGUAAGAGGCAGGAUCUAAACUUGAAAAGGACCUCAUGGACGAGAAUGAGUAUGCGGGUGGUGGUAGCAUUCAUCGGGUUGAUAUACCCGAGAGCAUUGACAGCAGUGUAUCUUCAAGGCCGAGGAGGUGAUGGACGAGGGCAACAUCUACGAAUGAGGUGGACUUUUGAGAUUGUUGUAUAAUACAUUUUGUAUUAUACUGAAUUAUACUUUGCACUACGCGAAGAAUUCAAUUAUACAGAUCCAUAGCUGUGACUUCCCCCGCUUGAAUCGAGCGAACCUGUGCUCCUUCUGCUCUGGUCUGUCAUCCACUGCCGCGACCACUGGAGGGAAUUCGUAUCAGGGGAGGUUGGCGACGGACCGACGAGACUGAUUUCAGCUGGCCCGUAAUGAGUUCAUACACCUCGUUCUAGACCAGCUGUUGUGAGACCUUCCUCCGCAGCUGAGAGGUAGUACCUGGAGAUGAACAUGGAGAGGUGAGUCCAUCCUCAUUAGCUGCAUCCUUCGAGUAUUGUGCAGGGGUUUUUGUUACGCACGAGCGUGGAGUCGUGGAUUGAUGUGGCAUUGAUGACUACUGUGGUGCGGUGACAAAAGCAGUCACCGCACCAAUGUGAUGUUUCUUUGUGUGUUUUGUACGUACUUUUAUUUCGGUGGUUUUGAUGCUUUUGGUGCACUAUGACAUAUAUUAGAUUCAAAUCUAGUACAUAGUACACCAUUGAUUUCAUCCAUGUAAAUUUGGAGG